UCUUCAACAAUCAGCAGUGAAAAAUCAAAGAAAAAGAAAAAAAAUGGAAGAUGAAGAGAAUGAAACGGUAAUUUUAAAGCUUCUGAUUGAUUCAAAAACAAACAAAGUAUUGUUCGCAGAAAGUGGGAAAGAUUUUGUGGAUUUCUUAUUCCAUAUAAUGUCUUUACCAGUUGGUACUAUCAUCCGACUCUUAACUGCCAAGGGCAUGGUGGGUUGUCUAGGAUCACUUUACAAUAGCAUCGAGACUCUCAGCACUGAUUAUUUUCAACCAAAUCUGAACAAAAACACUUUAUUGAAGCCAACUGUAUCUGUCAAUGUUCCUUUACUUUCAUUAAAUGGUGCGAAUACAGCAUCCCACAAGAAAAUGUAUCUGUGCUGCUAUUGUCGUCGAAAUUAUACAGACUGUUCAGGGGUAAAAUGUAAGAGCUGCAAUCAGCAAAUGUCGACUGAGCUGAAUUAUAUCGCGCCCCCAGCGGAUUCUCAGAAUGCGUCAUCAAGCAUUGGGAUUGGAAGUGAUGGAUAUGUGAAGGGAGUGGUAACUUAUAUGGUUAUGGAUAAUUUGGAGGUUAAACCCAUGUCUACCAUUUCUAGUAUUACUCUUAUGAAUAAAUUUGGUGUUAAGGAUGUUUCUCUUUUGGUUGAGAAAGAAGUUCAAGUUCGCCUUAAUGAGGGAUUAGCAAUGUUGAAGGCGUCGAUGGAGACCAACACUGUAUUGACCACUGUGUUCCUUCGUAAGAAGCUUUCCAUCUAAAGCUUUGAUCUUCCGGUUAUUUUAUAGUAGCAGGCAGCAGCCUGGCAGGACUAUAUUACUUUUGUAAUGCUUUUAUAUAUUGCAAGUAUUAUUAUUAUCUACUAAAUUAUUCCAAGUUUUAAUUAAUGAUCAUGUAUGAUGUAAUGAACUAUCGAUAUGAAUCAUAUUUUACAAAUUAAAUUGUCUUGCAGUAUAUGAUCUUGG